UGAGAUGUUGAUGGAUGAGAGGUUGUGAUAUCUCUGUUGCUAUAAAAGCUGUCAGCGGGAACCUCCCCGGCGCCGCUUGACAGAAGCUGGUCCGUCUCUACUCUGGGAUUCAUGCCUGGAACGCACAGCGCAAAGGAUAUUCACGAGGAUAUCAACUGUCCUGCUGCCUGCUCCUCUCGCGCUGCCAAAUUCACUGAGCUCCAGCCCCUGAUGGCAAACAUCGAGCCGCCGCGUGAGCAUGACAACUCCCCGGUGGACCCCGAGCAGCCGGGGCCAAGAAACCAGCAGGGGGCCGGGGCCCGCUUCCUCAAAGGAGUCUCUUACUUCUCUGGAGACAUGAAGGUGUUUGGAAAAUGGAUGGAAAAGCAGUUUUUCCUGCUGCAGCUGCUGGACUGGGUUCUGCGUGGAGCUGCUCAGGUGAUGUUCGUCAACAACCCUCUAAGCGGCCUCAUCAUUUUUGCUGGUCUCAUCCUGCAAAACUACUGGUGGGCUCUCAACGGCUUUGUGGGCACACUCUUUGCCACCAUUUCUGCCCUCAUUCUGCAACAGAACAGGGGUGCAAUAGCCUCGGGGCUGUAUGGUUACAACGGCAUCCUGGUGGGUCUGCUGAUGGCGGUGUUCUCCAACAAAGGAGACUGGUACUGGUGGCUCCUGCUCCCAAACAUCUUCUUGUCCAUGAUGUGUCCGAUCGUGUCCAGCGCGCUGGCAUCCAUCAACAGUCGAUGGGAUCUGCCAGUGUUCACGCUGCCCUUCAACAUCCUGGUGUGUCUCCACAUAGUUGCCACCGGACACUACAACCACCACUUCCCCCAAGUCCUCAUUCAGCCGCGCUCAGAGCUGCCCAACAUCACCUGGGCUGAGAUCGACGUGUCCAAGCUGUUCAUGUCGGUGCCUGUGGGAGUCGGCCAGGUCUACGGCUGUGACAACCCGUGGACCGGAGGAAUCUUCAUUAUCUCACUGUUCAUCUCCUCCCCUAUCACCUGCGCUCAUGCAGUGCUGGGAUCUGCCGUGGGCAUGGUGUCAGGUUUGGGUCUGGCGGCCCCUUUUAAAGACAUUUACUUCGGCCUCUGGGGAUACAACUGUGUGUUGGCCUGCAUUGCCAUCGGAGGAAUGUUCUACGCGCUCACCUGGAAGGUGCAUCUCCUUGCCAUCGCGUGUGCUUUCUUCUGCGCGUACCUCGGCUCAGCCAUUGCUAAUGUCAUGUCAACGUUUGGCCUGCCAUCCUGCACUUGGCCUUUCUGUCUCUCCGCCCUCACCUUCCUCCUCUUACCACGGGAAUCAGCGCGGUCUUCCAGACUGCCCGCGGGCAAAGUCACCUACCCCGAGAAAACACCUGCGCUACUUCUGGAAGCUGAAGAAAGCAGGAGAAAAUACAAACGGCCGACAAGGGAGAGGAUAGAAAGUGAGGAGGAGCAGAAACGCAUCAAAGAAGAGGUGGUGAUGAACGAGAAAGAGCAACUGAGGCUAGAACUUGAGAGGUUGGAAGAGAGGAGAGGCGAAGGUGAGGCGUCGGACGAUAAAGAUGAAGAGGUGGAACAGCAGGGUACUGAAGAUGUCAGACACGACGAUCUAACCGAGGUCGCUGUUGCUGAUCUUGUUUAAUGCCGCAUUUCUGCAGUAGGAGAGAUGAAAAAAAUAUCACAAAAUACCACACCACCAAUUCAUUCAUUUCUAAAUUGUGGUACAGGAGGCAAAAUGUGUCAAUAAAUAUUUAUAGCAAAUACGAUAAGUAUGCUUUCAAAAAUGGAGACAAAACCAACCGAACACUUCACCCAGAGAAGAAGUGUUUGUCAGGACAAUCUGAAUCUGAGUUCAUUUAAUGUGCAUAUAAAUGAACUUGCUGCUGUUUGAACAAGUCCUGCAACAACUGCUGGACACAAAGCGCAGCUUGGUGCUUGCAGUUUAUAUGGAAACUUGUAGGUUUCAAAGAGCCUAAUUACCUCACUAAAUGUAAAGACGGUCCUUGAAGGAGACAGUACCUUUAUGUUGCAGCCUGAUGUGUAUUAACAUGACACAACCUUCAGGACAUUGUUAGGACAUUAAAUGUCCGCCACACAGAUACACAUGUGUGUUUUUGUUCAUUUGUCAUUUUCAUGCUAUACAUAACAUGUCAUUAGCAUAUAAUAAUUGUAAUGUUAUAUUAAUAUUAUUUUAACAUUAUUCUGUGUUAUUGUAUUUUUUAUCAUCAUGUCAAUAAAGCAACUCUGAAAUUAAAUGGA